AAAAGCCUCCUCUCCUCCUCUCCUCUCCUCUCCUCUCCUCCGUUGAAGAAGAAGAAGAACUUGCUGGGGCUUUGAUUCUCACCCACCUUCACCAACCUUUCCCCCCCAGCUCCUCUUCUUCUUCUUCUUCUUCAAUUUAGCUCCGAUUCUCUGACACCAUCAAUGGCGCGACUCACCUUAUUGGUUGCUCUGUUUUCUUUCGUAGUCUCUCCUCAGUUCGUACCAGGAGUGUACUCCACAACUUUCACGCUCGUCAACAAGUGCGGCUACACGGUGUGGCCAGGCAUCCUCUCCAACGCCGGCGAGCAACCCUUCUCCUCCACUGGCUUCGCCCUCGACAGCGGCGCCUCCAAUUCGCUCGCCGCCCCCGCCGCGUGGGGCGGCCGCUUCUGGGGCCGCACCCACUGCUCCGAGGACUCCACCGGGAAGUUCUCCUGCCUCACCGGGGACUGCGGCUCGGGCAAGGUCGAGUGCUCCGGCAGCGGCGCCACCCCGCCUGCCACCCUCGCCGAGUUCAAGCUCGACGGCGACGGCGGCAUGGACUUCUUCGACGUGAGCCUAGUCGACGGGUACAACCUGCCGCUGCUGGUGGCGCCGCAGGGGGGGUCGGGCCAGAACUGCACCACCACGGGGUGCGUGGUGGACCUGAACGGGGAGUGCCCGUCGGAGCUGAAGGUGACGAGCAGCGACGGGUCGGAGGGCGUGGCGUGCAAGAGCGCGUGCGAGGCGUUCCAGCAGCCGGAGUACUGCUGCAGCGGGGCCUACAGCACGCCGGCGACGUGCAAGCCGUCCUCGUACUCGGAGCUGUUCAAGAGCGCUUGCCCGCGCGCCUACAGUUACGCGUACGACGACAGCACCAGCACCUUCACAUGCGCUGACGCGGAUUACGUCAUCACAUUCUGCCCCUCUCCCAACACCAGCCAGAAAUCGUCGUCGUCUUCCUCCUCCUCCUCAGCGGGCCAGGCUCUGCCGACCGCCUCGAACUCUUCCAACAACGGCACGAUGGUGUACGAGGGCGUGGAGGAAACGAGCGGCGCGUCGGCCAGCCACGCGGUGGCGGGAUUAGUCAGCGUCGGCGUGGCAGUUUGGCGGCUGUCGCAGCUCUCCUAAACUCAUCACAUUGCUUGCGCUCACCCACAAUCGGAACUUUACGAUUACAAUUAUUCAAGCCCAUUUAGCCUCGGACUCACAUUCACAUGCACACACACACCUGUCUAUAUACUUCCUUACGUGGGGCCCAAAUCGGGUGGGUCUUCGAAUUCGGAUCAAACAAUUUGGGAUCCACACAGUUUAUGAUCUGAUCUGGCACCAAAUUGAGAACGAGAUCACCGGCCGUGGCCCACACGGAUCUGGCCACCGUGUGAUGUGGAGCUGAGUCACCCAUGACAAAAGAGAGAUGGAGCUCGGACAUGGCCGAGGAUGUCCGGUCAUGGCAUCGUCCGGAGACCAUGUUGUUAUCAAUUAGGAGAGGUUAAAU